GAGCAGAGCAUACCGACGAGCUUCCUCUGCCCUAUCACGCAUGAGGUGAUGGAGAAUCCGGUGCUGGUGAUCGAGUCAGGACACUCGUACGAGGAGGCAGCAAUCCUUCACUGGUUCUCCUCCCAUCGCACUGACCCCCUCACCAACAUCUCCCUCUCCUGCCUCGCCUUCGUUGACAAUCACACGCUCAGGAAUGCGAUCCAAGAGUUU